AUGAAUUUAAACAUAUUGAGAUACUUUGAUGUCGAAAGUUCUUCAGAAGAAGAAUACGGUAAUAUUAUAUUAGAAUAUGUUUUAAUGAGAAGAGCAAAAAUAUUUAGGCCACGCCAUCCGCCGUUAGAAACCUGGGAUGAUGUUGAUUUUUGCCACCGUUACCGUCUAUCGAAGGAAACAGUACUCUGGAUGGUUACUGAAAUUGGGAACGAUCUUAAAACGCCCACCCUCAGGAAUAAUGCAAUCACACCCCUUGAGCAAAUACUGCUCACAUUGCGAUUCUAUGCAACAGGAACCAUGCAACAAUGCUCUGGAGAUCUAUUUGGAAUGUCUAAAUCCGCUGCGUGUAAAGUCAUCCACUGUGUCUCCAGAGCAAUAUGCAUUAAGCUUAAAUAUUUUAUUUCUAUGCCACGUACAGCAGAAGAGGUUAAAGAUGUAGUGGCCAAUUUUUAUAAAAUUGCCAAGUUUCCAAGUGUUGUUGGUGCAAUUGACUGCAGUCAUAUUCGCAUCCUCAGUCCCGGGGGUGAUAAUGCAGAGCUCUUUAGAAAUAGGAAAGAUACCUUCUCUAUAAACACCCAGGCAGUUGUUGAUGCUGAAUUGAGAAUAAGAGAUUUAGUCGCAAGGUGGCCGGGCUCAGUGCAUGACAGCACGAUAUUUAAUAACAGCAGGUUGAAAGUACUAAUAGAAUCUCAACAGCUAGGAAACUGCUGCCUUUUGGGAGACCGCGGAUAUGCACUAAAAAAAUAUCUGCUGACACCACUGGCUGAUCCCCAAACUGCAGCUGAGAGACUGUACAACGAAAGCCAAAUUCGAACGAGAAAUGUAGUGGAAAGAGCGUUUGGAGUGUGGAAGAGAAGGUUUCCCUGCAUAGGCUCUCAAUUAAGGGUGGCUUUAAAAAAUGUACAGCCUAUCAUUGUAAGCACGGCAAUAUUGCAUAAUAUAUGCAUAGAUAGGAGGGAAUAUCUGGCAAAUGACAAUGAAAAUUCCACAGUUCAUCUUCCACUGGAAGAGCAUUUAGCUUUCCCAGAGACUGCCAAUGAGCAACAGUACAGACAGCAGCUCAUAGAAACCUAUUUUGUGUCUUUACUAGGUACAGAAGCGCGGCAGUAA